UUGACAUCCACAUCCACAUCCCCCCAAACUCAUCUCCUUCCUCCUGCUGCUGACCCAACCCAAAGCCGCCCCAAAAUCUCUCCUCUAGCCCGCCACCGCCUGCCGUGCCGCACCUCGGCGCCGCCCAUCGCCCACCGCCGACGCCUGAAACACCCGCGCCGCCGCCGCCGCCGCCGUUUCCCCCUUUCCCUCGUCGCGCUCCCGCUGCCUCCCCCGCCCGGCCCGCAGUCCCCGGCCAUUGAUUUUCGAGGGCGCGAUGCUGAGCCCGUGCGACCGGUUCCUCCACCGUGCUCCCGCGCCGCCGCCGCCGCUGAAUCCGCAGUCGAGCCUCGCGGCCUCGGUGCCCGGCGCCAGCCGCAGGGACAAAGGCCUCGCGCUCCAGAGCAACGCGGUCUCAGCGGCUCCGGCGAGAACCGCCGAGGCUUGCCCCAAUGCGGUGGUGGUUCCACCCACCGUCGCCGGCACCACCGGGCAGAGUGCUGCCGCGCAAAUGGGAAAGGGUAGGGGCAGGUUGGCCGGCUACGGCGGGUCCAUCCCGGCGAUGCUGUACGCGCUGGAGCGCGUCCGGGACGUCGGGGAGGCGCUGUGGCCGUGGAGGGACACGCUGAGCAGCCGGGAGAGGACCAUCAUCCUCAAGGAGCAGAAGGACUGGCGGCGGGCGGUCGAGAUCUUCGACUGGUUCCGCGGGCAGAGGGGGCACGAGGUCAAUGUCAUCCACUACAAUGUCGUGCUCUGCGCGGUCGGGCGCGCGAGGAGAUGGGACCUCGUCGCGGGCCUGUGGCGCCAGAUGCAUUCCUGCGGCGUGGCGCCGGAUAACGCGACGUACGGUACGCUGAUCGAUGUGUACUGCAAAGGGGGCAGGGAGACGGCGGCGUUGCUGUGGCUCGGGGACAUGUGCAAGCGCGGCUUGGUGCCUGACGAGGUCACCAUGAGCACUGUCCUUCAUGCGCAUAAGAAGGCUGGAGAGUAUGACAAGGCAGAGAUUUUCUUUCAAAGAUGGUCUUCUGAAUCAGAUACAGGGUCGGAUGGACAUCUCUGCUAUAGCUUGUACACUUACAACACCUUGAUUGAUACUUAUGGAAAGUCUGGGCAGCUUGAGAAAGUGUCAGACAUGUUCAACCAAAUGUUGAGGGAAGGUGUUGCGCCGAGCAUUAUUACAUUCAACACACUGAUUCAUGUCUGGGGUAAACACCAUAGGAUGGAGCAGGUGGCUUCUUUGGUGAGGAUGAUGGAGGAGUUUCAGUGCCCUCCUGACACCAGGACUUACAAUACACUCAUCUCACUGUACAGAGAAAGCAAUGAAAUUGAUGUCGCGGAGCACUACUUCUGUAAGAUGAAAGCCGAAAAUUUGGUGCCGGAUGUUGUGAGCUGCCGCACGCUAUUGUAUGGGUACUGUACCAGGGGAAUGGUCAGUAAAGCAGAAGCCCUUGUUAAAGAAAUGGACGAGAGUGGCCUGGUGAUCGAUGAAUACACGCAGUCAGCUCUAACCAGGAUGUAUGUAAAUGCUGGGAUGCUUGAGCAGUCGUGGUGUUGGUUUGAGAGGUUCUGUAAUCAGAUGGAGUCCGAGUGCUUUUCUGCAAAUAUUGAUGCAUUUGGGAAGAAAGGGUACAUAAACCUCGCGGAAAAGGCCUUUGUGUGUUGCCUGGAGAGGAAGAAGCUUAGCGUUUCUGUGUGCAAUGUUAUGAUCAAAGCAUAUGGGUUAGCAGAGAAGCUUGAUGAGGCCUGUGAGAUAGCUGCUGGCAUGGAGAGGUACGGCGUGCUACCUGAUUACUUGACUUACAGUUCUCUCAUUCAGCUCCUGUCAACUGCUAAACUGCCAGAGAAAGCACUCUACUACUUGAGAAAGAUGCAAGCAGCUAAAAUGCCGAUUGACUGUGUUCCAUAUUCUGUGGUGAUUAGCAGCUUUACUAAGAAUGGGAAUUUGCACAUGGUUGAAUGCCUAUUUAGAGAAAUGGUCACUUUGGGGGUCCACGCGGAUGCAUAUGUUUACUCUAUCUUAAUUGAUACAUAUGCUGAAGUUGGAAAUGUCCAGCAAGCUGCAGCAUAUUUUGGUUUAGUGACAAAGGCUGGUUUAUGUGAGAGUGCUUCGAUCUAUAAUUCUUUGAUCAAACUCUACACAAAAGCAGGGUAUCUGGCAGAGGCUCAAAAAACAUACAAGCUUCUGAAAUCAUUAGAUACUGACACCAACCUUUAUGCAUCCAACUGCAUGAUUGGCCUCUACAGUGACCAUUGUAUGGUGAACGAAGCACGUGAGCUUUUUGAGAAUUUGAAGAUUACGGGAAGCGCAAAUGAAUUUUCAUAUGCGAUGAUGGUGUGCUUGUACAAGAAAGUUGCUCGCUACGAUGAAGCUCACAGGAUCUCCAAGGAAAUGCAAGCUUUAGGGCUUCUAACUCAAGCAUUAAGUUAUAAUUCUGUGAUUCAGAUGUACGUAUCUGGUGGGAAAAUGGAGGAGGCUGUGAAAAUAUUUCAGAAGAUGUUGGCAUCGAGCACACCACCAAACGAUGUAACUUUCAAGGCAUUAAAACCAAUUCUAGUGAAAGAAGGAGUUUCAAAUAUUGAGAUAGCAAGAUUAGAGUCUCUCAGAAGGUGUAACACUCAAGAUUGCUUGAAUCAGUGGUACAGGGCACUAGCUCUGGUCGUAAGAUCAGAUGGGACUACCUCUCGACAUACUAUGGGUCACUCUUGUACAAGGAUACAUUCUUUUUACAUUGACAGUUUCUAGAGUAGCAAGUCCAGAAUUUCUUUCAACUGAUUCAGAAUCUUUAUUGAUAUGGCACCAUGAUGAUCUAUCUGCUGUACUGUAAGAAGAGCACACAUGUCAUCCUCAAAAUGAGAAUCUGAUUGUUUUGACAUGAAUCCUGCUAGAUCACUGCAGAAAUACAACACCUCGCGGUGCCUUUCCAAUGGUGCAAAGUUAUAACUCCCAGAUGUUCUUCAAAAGAUGCAUCAUGAAUUUACGAGAAUGGUCACUUGGACCGACGAUCUGCCCUUCAGUCUAUGAAUCGGAAAAGCAGAGCAAUCUGGAACAGACUCAAAUCGAAACUCAGUUGAGAUAGAAUUGGUUUGAGGGAGAGAAAAGUAACUGCGUGGGUUGUGAAAAUGCUGCUUGCCUAAUAUUAAGGAACGAAGACCACUGCCGAAGUACUGGAAGAUCUUGGCCAUUCGGGAGCUUCACCAGGUACAACUACUAAUGUUUGUUCUCACAAGUUACUUAGUUUGGGUUAUGGGUACCUCAGCCAGCUAGUUGGUGUUGGCUGUGAUUUCCUUCCGGAACAAGAGUGGGGCUCCGAUCAUCAUUUGAUUUUUCUUACUGGCUUAGUACAAAAAGGUAUGGUAUAUUUGAUACUACUAUCUGCGCAGCUGCGACAGACGGUUUACGGAGAUCUUGCAAUAAUGGUGUUUAAUUGCCAUUUAUGGUAUGUACAUGGAACAGGGAUACAAUGUCGCAAAGAAACACGACAACUCUGCUGCACCUUUGAUGAAGAAUAAGGGAUCCACACUGCUAGUGAGUUUGAGGCACCAGAGCCUGGAACCAAGUCUGUAAUCUGGAAGAGCAUCCUUCUGGCUUCUGGUGCAAUGCAAUGUUGUGGUGUUGAUGUGUUGUUGUCACUGGUUACGCUGCUUUCAUGUAUUAUUAUCAGUUUCUUGCUACUACCAGUCUUCAAAGUUGCAUGUACAUUUACAAUGGAAGAUGGGGCUCUGUAAAUUUAUGUAUUCAGAAUUUGAUUGUCGACGAGGAGCACUUCA